AGAGCGAGCGAGGAAUGAAGGCACUGAGGCUGCAUGGAAACUGUCACGCUGUUGCGUUCAACGUAAUUACGAUAGCACCGGUUACUUCUUAUACAUGUUCCAUUAGGAAGUAAAAAUAAGAGGCAAUUGAACCAUAAUUUGCUAACGAGUGAGAAGCCACAAAAACGCACGCUAAAUAGGAAAAUAAUACACAAUGAUUCUCAUCGGCCUCACAGGCGGCAUCGCAUGCGGCAAGUCGUCCGUGUCGAAGCUCUUGGCGGAAGAGCAUCACAUUGAAAUCAUUGACGCGGACCUUAUCGUGCGCGAAUUGCAAGCUCCCAACGCUCCAUGCACCCGCCAAAUUGCAGCGCGGUGGCCGCACUGCGUCGACCCCGCCACGGGCGAGCUCCUUCGGCCGGCGAUGGCGAGACUGGUCUUUAGCGAUGCACAGGUGCGCAAAGAGCUCGGGAAAAUAAUGAAUCCGGCGAUUUUCAGAGCCAUCAUGAAGCGCAUUGUUGCUGCGUGGUGGCGCGAUGUGAAGCGCAUCGUGUCCUCGCACCCGCCUUCCAUUGUGGUGCUGGAUGCGCCGACGCUGCUUGAAACCAAAACGUUCACUUACUUUGUGAGCAACUCCGUGGUGGUCAGCUGCUCUGAGGAGCGGCAGAUCGAGCGUCUUCGCCGUCGCAACAACUUCUCGAAGGAAGAAGCUGUCCAACGUAUUCAAAGUCAAAUGCCGCUUUCUGUGAAACGGCAGCUGGCAGGCUAUGUGAUUGAAAACGACUCCGCCGAUGACUUUGAUGCGCUCCGCGGAGCUGUGCAGGACUGUGUCGGGUGGAUGUCGCAGCAGUCAAGCCUGCGUCUUUCGUACAUGUUUGGCGGCGUCGUCGUCGCGGGGGUUAGCGUUGUGGCAGUGGUGUGCUAUGUUGGCGUGAAGCUGUUUGCCGUUUAA